GCUGCGGCCAUGGCAGGAGCCCAGGGCGAGUAGGCACCGACCGAGGGUCAGAUCCAUGGAUGGGCCACGUGCGGGGCAGGAUGCCAUGAACAACUGCACCGACCAGGAGUACUGGGACCCCCUCGUCUCACAGUGCAUCCCCUGCAGCCUGGGCUGCAGCCAGGCCCCCGCCAGGUGUGAUGCCGUGUGUGAGUCCAUGGACUGCAACAAGAAACCGGGAUUUUACUACGACGAGCUGGUGAAGAGCUGCAUCAAGUGCAGCUCGGUGUGCGGGCAGCACCCCAAGGAAUGCGCCCUGUCCUGCGAGCCCACCCCGGCGGGGCCGGCGGCCGUGCUGGAGCAGAAGGCGUGCGCGGAGCAGGAGCCGUGGCUGGUGCUGUACCUGCUGCUGGGGCUGUGCCUGUGCGCGCUGCUCUGCUCGCUGCUCCUGGGCUGGACCCACCUGCGCAGGAAGGGAGACACGGGMUCCUGCCGAGCCAGCGCCGGCACCUGCCCCUGCAGGGAGGAUCCUGCCAAAGAUGGGCUGGUGGAAGCGGGCAGCGUUGGUGAUGGAUUCACCAGCAUCAGAAUCCCAGAGCCGGUGGAAACCUGUGGCUUCUGCUUCCCUGGACAUGGCUCUGCUGUCCAAGAGACCAAAUCCUGCCACAGCACCUCCUGCCACCUCGGGGACAGGGCUGCUCCCUCCUUCACUGGGAUCUGCAGCACGGGAAGCGCCGGGGCCGUGCCCAGCCCUGACGACGGCCACUUCAAAAUCAUCUGUUCUCCUUCCCAAGAGAAAACACCCACGGUGUGACCGCAGGGGACAUCCCAGCACAGGAUCAGAAUGGAGGGAUGUCCCCUCUGCCCCCAAACCAAAACUGCUUCACCCUCUGCUGCCAGUGAUGGAACUUCUCCAGCCCAGGCUGUGCCGAUGGCUGUAGGAUAACACAGGGCUGGAGGUUGCACAAAGCUCUUUGCUUCCACUCAGGAAAUUUAAUUCCCAUUAUUCUCGUGCACUUCYCAUGGAGCAGCAUCCGACUCCAUCCCCCAGCUUGACCUCGGUGCAUCCCAGCCAUCRGGGRUGUCUCAUGGGGGCUUUUCAUCCUSCUUCCAGCACCAGCAUCCCUGCAAAGGCUCAGGCUGCAGUGCCCACUGAUCCCAUGCAGAGCUCACUUCCAUCACUCACCAGAACAAUCUGCAGCAGAGCUGGAAACAUCUCAGACAUGGCAUUGGAUCCAAGGAGCUCCUGGUGAAAGUCACAGGGACUCAGCGUGGGAAGCUCUGCUGUCAGCUCCCAGCAGUGCCGUGGGGGUUGAGGAGGCUCUGCCUCAUGACCAGGACACGAUGCUGCACAUGAGGAGCUGGGACCGGCACCAAAAUCCUCCAUGGAAUUGGGUUUAAAUGUGAAAACUCAACCAAAGCUGAGAUCUUUCUACAAAGCUGGGUUUUUGCGUAUCUGACCUGGGUUAUCCUGAAGAGCUGGUAAAAGUGAGGAAUCAGCUGGAGAUAAAUCAGUUUUGAGGGAAUAUUUUUAUCUGAUCUGGCUUUGAAAGCUACCAUGGAAAAACAGAGGUUUCAAUCUGUAACUUAAAGUUUUCAUUUCCACUAAAGGAGACUGUAGGAAUUUUUUGUUUGGUGAGGAAUCRCUCCUGGUAGGAGCCCAUCCCCUCCACUGUCUCAAACCAGAGCUUCAAACUUGGAAGAAUAAAUAUACGUCAAUAUUUAUAUUGACUGKGUUCUGGAUAGCAGACAGCUGGAGAAAACACAAGCAGAUUUAUAACAGAUUAUGUACCUUCUAUAUKAUGUAUUCCUUUAAAUGUAAAUACUUUCUUACCAUUAAAAAGGCAUCGCCAGGGAGGUUGAGCCUCUCAUUCUG